CGGGCGGUUGUCUAGGGCUCCGCGCCCGGCGCCGGGUCACGUAGGUUACGCACACAGUCGGGCCCCAGGGCCGGCUCCGAUCGGCCCAGGCAGCUGCGCCCUCCGUAGAGCGGGGGACCCCGGAGGCGGGGGCUGCGAUGGUGCGAGCCCGGGGUCGCCAGUGGAGCUGACAAGGGGCUGGAGGGCUGAGAAGAGCCUGACCGAGUGGCGGCCGACCACGAAGCCCGUCUCGGGCCGUCGGGCUCACGGUCCUCGCUGGAAGCCCUGACCUCUGUGCCCCCUAAGCCCCGGGCCCCCUGCGGAAAUGUUCAAAAAUGAGUACCAGGGAGGUGCAUUUGUUGAAAUCUUUAGUGCUCAGGGAAAAAAUCCUGGAGCAAAAUGGAAGAUCCUUGGCAGUCCGUCUGUGAUAUGGAAAGAGUUUGAUAAAGAAGUUAGAAGUUUUGUGUUUGUCCUGGAAGGCAGCAGCCAAACAAACAAAAUCCAAUUACCAAAGGAGAAUAAGCAGAUCCUUGGACUGAUCCAGAGAUUUCUUGUGCUUCAGAUUUAUGUACCCCUGGGACAAGACUUCUCCGCUGAAUUGCUAAUUACUGAUUUAGGAAACAUCAAGAGAAGAUUGUAUUUAUCAACGGUCCAUAAGGAACUGUCCUCAACCCCUCUUCACGCAAAAAUCCCACUCUUUAUGAUCAAGCGCAGAAUUUGGUGCAAUCUUUGCAUUGACUUGGUAGCAUUCACCAGCGAAAUAUUCAAGGGAGCAGUUUUCCAGUCAUUGGAUGGAAUUAUUGUCUCGGCUAACUGUAAGCUACGGAAGAUCUUCACUUUAAAAUCAAAGCCACAAGACACUGCUGAUAAAGAUGAUGAACCUACAGACAUCAUACCGCGAAGCUGCCAGCUAACAACAGAUGUUCCGCAAGUCACACAGCUGCUGAACGUGACCAAACUGCGCCAAACUGAAAUAAAAUUUGGAGGACAUCCCCUGCGUUCAGCAGAAUCAGACCAGUUCAUUCCCCAAGGAGCAGGCGGUGUGCGAAACAAUAGAAGUCAAGAUGUUUCUCAUAUCGCCUUUGGAUCCAAAGUCCUUGGACCACCUCCGUUGUCUGGCAGAAGGAAUAACAUGAGGCUGUCCAGUGAGACAAUAGGAUCCAUUGGGUCCAAAAAUAACAGAUCCUGCCUGCAGCCCACUGUGGAGAAACAUGUCAGCACUGCAGAGGUGUCAGCCUCACUGAUACCUGAGUUUGCGGAGCAAGGAGAUAAAGAAAACAUUCGCCAAAUGAAGCAGACUGUACCUACCCACGCCAGCCUCCAUAUUAGGCAUCCACAUCCCCCGCAAGAGCGGUCGGCAGAUAAGAAUAACAACAGAAGAAGAUUACGAGUAAAAAACACCAGCGGAGAAAGGACAGAGACGCCUGGCGGCAGUUCUUCAGGAAAUAACAGGAAUGAAGAUAAAGCAACAACUGUCCUCACCUCUGUGUCUCAGCCAAGAGAAGAAACAAUGAAGCCCAGCACCCCAGGACCCCAAUCUCCUGAUCCAGCAGAUGAGUGGAUAUUUCCUGAAAAUUAUGAUGGCAUUCCCCAUUUGGAAUCCAGCAGCCAGUCUUUACUCCUGGAUGAUGACUCCUUCAGCACUUCACACCUGUGGCCGGAGGUCAGCAAGGGAAGUGGACCUAGCCAUCAAGCCGAGGAGACCCAGAUUGUUGCAAAGGACAUUUUCACUUUUUCAUCAAGGCCACGGUCAGCACCUCGUGGAAAAACUCAGAGCGUGUCCCCAGAGGAGUGCCCAUUUGUUUGGGAUCUAAAGGAGGAUAACAGUGGAACAAGUAGAAGUGCCCAAUUGGCGGAUGAUUUUUACAGCGAUGACAGCAGCGAAGAGGGUGACUACAGUAGCCAGGGUUUUCCAAGCCCAACAACUAGUCCUUCAGGGCUAACUCAGUUAACAUUAGAGAGCAUGCCGGGGAAGGCUGUGAGGCGGACAAGUAAAGGAUAUCUCAGAAGCGCCUACACAGAAGCAGGAGCAUCAGAAAGCCAGAGUUCCUCGGUGAAGCAGAUAGACAGAAGCGACUUUCAAACAAGUUUGGUACCUACACCAUGCCGUUCUCCCCCUGGAAGAAGAUGUGAACCUUCUCAGAAAACUCUAGAUCCCAUUAUCAAAGCAAAGGACCUACCAGCCCAUCAAGUGCCAGCUUCAAUAAACAAAACCUUCCUCAAAGAAAUCUCAGGGGAAAAGUUGAGACUGAUCCCUGAAGCAUCCGAAUAUGACUGUAGAAACUAUCAGCCCAGCCAGAUGAGUGAAUCCGAGUUGGAGAUGCUGGCAAGCCUACGGCGGCAGCAGAAUGAAGAAUUGGAGGAGACUGGGGCUUCCCAUGGCCUGAGUGCAUCUCAGGUUGACAACUGUAAUGUCAGCAUAAGCACCAGCAGUGACGACACAGCCACCUGGAACUCCUGCCUGCCACCUCCCGUCAACCAAGGUCGUCACUAUCAGAAAGAAAUGAAUCCACCCUCUCCUUCUAACCCCCGUUUGGAGAAUUGGCAGGAAGGCAUUUAUUGGGUCGUAAAUAAAGAAGAUGAUACAAUUAUGAGGGACUGGCUAAAUAUGUUCAGCCCACCAAUUGUUCCUCCCAGUCAGCAGCCAACCGAGCAGCAUCCGGAUUCUUCAGGAAGUUCGAGUGCUCAAGGUGAAGAAGAGCCAAAUGUGGAAGAGGACGAGGAAGUGCUGACUCUGCUAUAUGACCCAUGUCUGAACUGUUACUUUGAUCCCCAGACUGGGAAAUACUAUGAGUUGGUGUAACCCCUCCUUCCAUGGCAAAGAAUACCCCCUCAGUCGGUCGGAGCAGUAUAGCAGCUCAAAUUCUGUUAUGGAGGCACCACGAUUUGUGUGUUGGGCUGACCCUUGGAAUCAAAAGUAACUGAGAGAAAUGAAUUUAUUUUGUAAAUAAUCUUCAAUGUUAAGGAUAGCAACAUUCUUUUUGUAGAUGUGUGUGAUCUUGGAACUGUGAAGGAAUUAAUACAAAGACAAGAUUUUAGGGCUUUGAAUUGGUUCUUAUUAAUUGGUUCUCAUCCUACAUGUAAUUUUUGUUUAUUUCACAUAAUUUUAUGUAAGCGAAUUAAGAGUUAUUAAUUCCAAAUUUUUGCAGUGUUAAUCUGUAAAUGAUGGCUUGAUAUACAGAAAAAAAGUAUUGUUGUUUAAAAGAUAUUUGGGUACCUUUUAUUUUAUUACAUAUUUGUAUUAAAAAUAAAGCCUGAUGGUCCAAAGAAUACCUUUUCAACUGCUUCUUUUUUUUCACCUCACUAUCUUUACCAGAAUAUUCCUGGAUGAUAUUUACCUACUCAGACUCACAGAAGAGGGAUGCAUUGGGAACUGGUCAGAAUUUAUGGUCACAUGUCACUGGCACUGGACCCAUUAUUUCCAUUUCAUUAUAGCUCAUCCAGAGUUUGCCAGUGACCACCACAUUGUUAAUCACUUCAGCUCCUUACCACUGUGUAGGUUCCCCCACCAUCACCACCACCAAUUAUCUCCGAAUUCUAAUAAUAUAUUCCUAAUCUAGCUCGUUGGAUUUAAGAAGAAGUCGCCCGUUUGAACACCUCACACCCAGGUGUCUGACCACUUCUGUGACUUGACCCAGAGAAAUCUGAGAGGCUUCCCUUAGUCUGUAAGGUUAGGUGAGUGUAACUC